AGCCAAUAGUCCAGACUAUACCAGCGUGGGGAAGGUGAUGGGAGAAGCGCGCACAAAAGGGAAAAUGCGAACAAAAACAACACAGACGUGAGACAACCAUAAGGAAAGACGCAGAGAGGGGAGACGAAGCCCGCCGUUCCACAAGUGACUGGACUUAUUUGUCCCAAAAUAGCGCGGCCAAAAACGCACAGAUAGAGGGGGAUCACACGACGCGGACUCUAGAAGGGACAGAGGUGCGAGAAGCGUUGCCCUUUGGGGAUAAAAAUGACAGUAGUGCCCGGAGAGAACCUGGAUGAGACUGUGGCACUAGCAGCCCUGUCCCAAGAUGUCUAUGACCCGGAGAGAGCGGACCAGGAGUGCUGCGAGAGGGUGGUUAUCAACAUCUCCGGGCUGCGCUUUGAGACCCAACUGAAAACGCUCGCGCAGUUCCCCACGACCUUACUGGGAGACCCGAGGAAGAGAAUGCGCUUCUUUGACCCACUGAGAAACGAAUACUUCUUUGAUAGGAAUCGACCCAGCUUCGAUGCCAUCCUCUAUUAUUACCAGUCUGGAGGAAGGCUCCGGAGACCCGUCAACGUCCCAGUGGACAUAUUUAUGGAGGAAAUAAAAUUCUAUGAAUUGGGUGAGGAUGUCAUCGAAAAUUUUAAAGAGGAUGAAGGAUUCAUUAAGGAGGAAGAGCGUCCUUUGCCAGACAACGAGUUCCAAAGGCAGGUUUGGCUUUUGUUCGAGUAUCCCGAAAGCUCUGGACCUGCCAGGGGAAUAGCAAUAGUUUCUGUACUAGUCAUCCUGAUAUCAAUUGUCAUCUUUUGCCUGGAGACAUUGCCUGAGUUCAGAGAGGAUGGCAAAACAUAUAAUGACCACCUUGCAUUGAAUGGAACUGCACGCGUAAAAAAGCCAAAUCCGUUUACUGAUCCAUUCUUCAUCGUGGAGACGCUCUGUAUUAUUUGGUUCUCAUUUGAACUGCUGGUGAGGUUUCUCGCGUGCCCAAGCAAGCCCGCCUUCUUCAAAAAUAUUAUGAACACCAUCGACAUUGUGGCAAUUAUGCCCUACUUCAUCACAUUGGGCUUGGAAUUAGCUGAACACCAAGGCAAUGGCCAGCAAGCAAUGUCCCUGGCCAUACUGAGAGUUAUCCGAUUGGUGCGCGUGUUCAGGAUUUUCAAGCUAUCCAGACACUCCAAAGGUCUCCAAAUCCUGGGAAAAACUCUGCAGGCCAGCAUGAGAGAGCUGGGUCUAUUAAUAUUCUUCCUCUUCAUAGGAGUCAUCUUGUUUUCCAGCGCUGUGUACUUCGCUGAAACCGACGACCCGGAAUCGGGGUUCAGCAGCAUCCCUGAUGCAUUCUGGUGGGCGGUGGUAUCCAUGACUACGGUGGGCUACGGGGACAUGUGCCCGGUCACUAUCGGUGGCAAAAUUGUCGGGUCUUUGUGUGCCAUAGCUGGUGUGCUCACUAUCGCUCUGCCCGUCCCUGUCAUCGUCUCCAAUUUCAACUACUUCUACCACAGGGAGACGGAGCAUGAAGAACAAUUCCAAUACACCCAUGUAACAUGUGGCCAGCAGCAGCCGUCAUUCGGUGAAUUCAAAAAGAGUGACAGCAAACCGUCACUCUCCAAAUCCGACUACAUGGACUCUGAAGAUGCCGACUCCAUAAAAUACACAAAUUGCAGCCCACGUAAAGCGUUCACCGGAAAGCUAACUGAUGUAUGAUCAGUGAAUUUCGCAUCAGUGAUAAGAUGAGAAACGUCGUUUCUUUCCGUGAGUAGCCUCCAUCAAAUAUUCUGACUCUGGCUUGGUAGAUUGGCAAGCUCUUUUUUCUGGCACCUCUAAUGCAGAAGGAAAAUUUAAUAGAAUAUCAUAACAUUGGAUGAACCGUGGUUAGUGGGUAGUAACGAUAUCCCCAGGAACAGUCUUCCAUUAUACGCGCUCAUCGAUGUUGGGGUAAAGGGGUUGAAAGACACUUCAAGAAAACAUCAACCUCACUUCGCUUAGCACUUUAUUCCUGUGUUUAGUAAUGUAUUGACAUAGUUGCAGGUUUUGUGAUUACGAAAGUUUACAUUUGCUUUGUCUAUUGGGUUAAGAAGAUGAUUGGACCAAUUUGUCUAAAUUGUGUAAAUUAGUCUCACUCACAAUUAUGGCCACUCAGUGACUCCACGGUGACAUACACCCAUUAUUUCCACCAUCUCAGUGGUCAACAUUUUUCAGAGCGGACAAUAUAGUACCAUGGCACUGUUGCUUAUGUCAGCGAUGAGGAGUAAUAUGGUAAUUGCAGACACAAAUAAGUGGCAACACCAUCACUGACGUGUCUCUGUUUGGUAACACACAUAAAUAGCAGCGAUUAACAUAAAAUGUGGCCAAUGGUGAACAAAUAAAAACGUCCUCAUUCAUUUGAUAAUCAAAUUGCCCUAUUGGCCGUCUCAAAAUGACUCAAACACUUUUAAUGGAUUACAAUCGAUGGGUCAAACCCAGAACGAUAUAAAAAUAUAACGUUAUUAAUCUUGUUUACAGAAUGUCCUUGUGUUAAUUUAUACUUCACCCCUAAAUGUAGGCUUAGGUAGGCCUGUGCACUGGGAAAGAACCGUGAUCAUGCCUAGGCUCUAUCGAUUGUGAGGUAGCCUUACAUGUUACCCUUGAAACAUACAAAUGGAUGAAUCGUUUUAAAAGAAAAAACUUGAUGGGGUGUGGGG